CGAUUCUUCGUUCUGUGACUUAGUUUUCGAGUCUUUCUUAGUACUUUCUUUGAAAUACUUCCAUAACAGAUUGAGGAAGCAAGGUCGUAAAACGGUCAAACGUGCCUUGCAUUUCCUCGACAGAGGUAUCAAUCAGAUUUUUGAAAAUCAGGUAAAUACUUUUACUUCGAGUUUCUCUGUGAACAUUUUCGCCUUUAAAUGUUCUUAGUCUGUCCUAAUUUUCUCUAAUUUCCGGCAAUGAAAGACGUUCCUGCAGUUAACUGACGAGGAUUGCUAACUUUUACUUGAUUCUGGGGUGUUUUGAUUGUAAUGUCGCUUUGUGUUACUUAUAAGCUACUUAAAUUGAGCUUGUUUGAACAAGUUACGGCUGUCGAAUUCACAAAAAAUUCGCAGGCAAUACCUUGCAUUUACCUUGGAAAAAAGAAGUAAUUUGGGAGAAUUAAAACGAUUCUCCAAAUGAUCGAUUUGAUUUAGUGCAAGCGCUGAGGAUCGAAACACUUUCAGUAUCAUUUACAGGUAGCUCUAAUGUCAGCUGAGUUAUAUAUGCAUUAAUGUAAUUUCAUCCCGUAUUUACGAUGCAUUUGAUCAAAAAACGAGAAACAUUUCCAGCGUAUUUAAUGUGUUUAUGUUUAUUACUUUACAAUUUAAAAGUGAGUUUCUAAUCUUUUUUAUAGACUGUUUAAAUUCACCUUCCAAACUGUACUGUUAUACUGAUUUCUUUGUUAAAUAGUGAAACAAGUUGAAUUUUCUUCAACUGUCAGCUAGUGAUUUAUUCCAAGCGUCCUUUUGAUUAACUGCAUUCGAUUUUUAGGAAUUCAAUUCAUUUACUGGUAAUGACUGAUUGGUUUCUGAGUAAAGUUUCACCUUUUGUCAUCUUCUAAUCAAUAUAUGAUCAAUCAAUAAUCACAUCAACUGAAUGCUUCCAAUCAAUUUUUUUUUAUCAAAACUGGUUUAGUUCUUCAUGUGGACAAGUAUGUGUCUGUUGAUAAUUUAUGUUAUUACAUGGCAAGGUAGUUUUGAGUCAAAUACAAGACUCUGCCAUUUAGACCAUUAUCUCACCAUACAGACAAUCAUAAAACGUGAAUUUUUUACUUUUUGAAUUAUUUUGGUUCUUUUGUUGCUUAGUAUGCUAUUAAUAUUAUUUGCUUGUGAUUUUGUGGCUGUGUAUCCUACCAUUCUCAGAUGCGAAAAAAUAUUUUUUUUGCAAUUGGGUGAUAUGUUGAGCUGACAUUUAUUACCAUUUGCAACCAUCCUCAACUUUGUAAGAAGCUUUAAUCUUCUCACAGUGGCCAUGGCUACAGAGGGAAGUCCAAUUAAAGUUCCAUGUGAAAAAGAAGACAUACCUGACAAAGAAAAUGCACCAGAUUUUGACGAGGACUCUUUACAAGGUGAGCUAGGUUAUGUUCAGCUUUGGUUAUUGUUAGAACAAUUUCCAUUCCACUAGUUUCAUAAAAUGUAAUAUAAGCAGAUGUUGAGAAGGAUAUAUACACUGUAUGACCACUUUAAAGGAUAUUUGGCCAGUCAUGACUCUUUUCUAUGAUUACAAUAUGUUAUUAAUUUAGAGGAUCUAUGACACAGCAACCUUUGUUAUUUUCUUUUCUAAAAGUUCAAAGCAAGUACACAAAGUUAUAAUAAGUAAAGACUUUUUUGAGCAUCAUAUAGAAUCCAUUUUGUAGGUAAGUUUGCAUCAUAAGUAUCAUCAUCAUCAUCACCUUUCCAUUAUAAUGUGAUCAUCAUCCAAGCUAAAAGAGUGGGGGGAAGGGGGGCAGGUGGGGUGGGGGGCUGACUGGCUUUGGACAAUUUGAACCAUAAGUAUCAAAAGUCUAAUUUCCAGUGGAAAGUGGAGGUGUUCAGGGACAAUAGUGCACUUUCACUAACAAAUAACACUGUGGGAAAUACUUGGUCAAUUGGUUGAAAGUCAGGUUACUGAUUGUUUUGCUUUUUGCAUAAAAAUUAUGUGGGGCAUUUGAACACAUGUUUCACCCCAGGGGAUAGGAAUUUCAGGAAACCAAUCUCCAAAAGUUUAAAUGUCCAGUGGUUUGCUUCAAAUUGAGAGACACUUAAUCCUCAUCAUUAUUACUACCACUGUUGUCACCCACAUUAUUAGCAUCAUUAUAACUAUUAAUCUCAUCCUCUUUAUCAUUAUUCUCAUCAUUUAUAUAAUAACUGUUUGUCUCUAAGUAAUAUUGCUUCUGGUUUUUAUGAUAGCAACAUUUGGAUCUUAUUGACUCAUUAAACACAGUAUCUAAAAGUAAUUAUAAAGCAGUAAUUUCUUCUAUGUUAAAUUCUUCUAGUUAUGCCAACUCUCUCUGAUUAUGGAUCAUAUUGACUCAUUAACUUUUGAAAAGUAAUUAAAGCAGUAGACUCUUCUACACUCAUAAUUAUGCUUAGUUAUCUCUCUGAUUAUCGGGGAGUCUCACAGACACAGAAUGAAACUCUGGGUCUUCCAUAUGGGUCAUCAAACCUUCAGGAUAACAGAGGACUGGGUCAGUUUCUCACAGAAACAUAACAUUUGAAGUCCAGAUUUCCCAUAUCCAAAGUUAUUAUGGUUAUCUUAGGGUUCUUAUCUUAAAUAAAGGCCCUUGCGAACUGAAUUCCAAGUUUUUUUCUGGGAUUUCCUAGGAAUUCUCAAAAAUUCCCAAGUAUGCAAAUAACCCUUCCAAACUGAAUUCCCAGUUUUCUGGGAAUUCCUAGGAAUUCUUAGGAAUUCUUAAAAAUUCCCAACUAUGCAAAUAAGCUCUGAUUUAAAAACCUUAGAAUUACUGGGAAUUUUUGGAAAAGGAAGACUCCAGUUUUGUGAGGACUUGGAAUUCCAAGGAAUUCUUGGUUAUACAAACUACCUUUAAUUUAAGAAGGGUGGAAUUCUUGGGAAUUCCUGGGAGUUAAAUUUGAGGCAAUUUAAAUACCCUGUGGUCCACAUAAAUUCUGAGAAAUUCUCAAUACCUUGAAUGUGAAGGUUUUAAGAAAAGAGUAAUUUUAGAGGCUUAAAACUUUGGCUCAAUAAAAGGUAUGCUAUACAAAAUUUACUAAGAGAUAUAUAUAUACAUGUAUAUUUUUAUAACUUAAAGAACAUAAAAUUUAUUAUUCAAACCAAGUUUUAGUAAAUCUCUACAUUAAUAUGGAUUUUCUCAUGAACCAGCAGACAAUUAUGUUAAAUGGAAAUUGCCAAUCAAUCCAAUGUACUCAUAUCACAGAUUUGCUUUCUAACCUCAAAGGACUCUUGGAUUCCAUGAUCAUAAAUAUUUUUAUUGUGAUGCAAAAUGUCUCAUGUUCACUGAUGUGCCAAAAUCAUCAAACAUUCAUUAGCUGUUCCUUGGUACACACCUUCCACAUGUGAAACAAUAAUUACAUUGUUAUCUACACUUAAAGAACUUUGUUAGUUAUGAACAUAAGUUACUUCCCUAAUAUACAUUACUGGUUGCCUUUGUUAGAAAACCUUGGAACAGUCAAGCUCAGUUGCCUCAAACACUGUCAGAGACUUUUUGUAGACAUUAUUUUUAGUAGAACUUUCAUGCCUUAGACAAACAAAUUCAACACCUAAUUAAUCUUUCUUUUUUCAUGAUUGUUGUUGCUUUUUUUCAUCUUUUUAUUUUUGGUGGAAAAUACAAGUCCUUCUUUAUAUACAAAUGAAAAGUGCAAGUUACACUUCAAUAAUAACAGCUCUAAAGUUUACUUGUUGUUCUUCUCUGUCUGUCAGCUAUCAACAAAAUUGUUUUAUACUUCGGACAGUGCAUAACUAUUUGUGGACCAGAGUUCCAACGUACCUCUGUAAUCGGAUAUAGCUACUUCUGUGUCUUGUACAAAUGUUUCUCCUUUGUAAAACGCACUCUACUCUGUUGUCACCACUGCUUUAAGUUCAGUGGAAACGACUGAUUGAGGAAUCGAGAUGGCGGUGUUGGAACGUGUUGCUGAACGCUUGCUACGGUCAAGCUUUGUAGAUUUAGGUACUGGUACACUGGGAUCAUCUAUGUAUCUCCUAUACUUCCUAAUGUGGUAUCCUUCUUUUAUAAAUAUGAGGGUAAAAGACGAUCUGUAAUCGCAUUCAAAAUUGUGAUUGGCUUGUGUUAUUUCUCACCUUUGCCAUGAACACAACUCAAGUGGGUUUCGAGUCUUUGUUUCCUCGACAACUUUUGGCCACAGAUCGUACAUUUGUAGUACGAUCGAUUCUUGUCAAUUAUUUCUACAUAGAGUGAGCUCACAUCAUUAUUUAUAUCACCAAGGUAUCCAUCGUCUAGAAGCAGAGAACCGGUCGGAGAAGUCAAAAUAAAGUUGUGCGCUUCUCCUAACACUGCAAUCGGCAAGACAGCGGAUUCACUUUGCUAGCCAAUUACAAGUCCUAAAAGAUCCACGUGAUCAUGCCCGUGAUCGAAAACAAAGAAGACUCCAUUUGGCGCUCAUCUUUGAAUGUACUUUUCAUCGGUUGAUAGCUUUUCUCGACUGUUUUGCUUAAUAUAACAUUUCUAAAGAUAGGUUUUAUCGUGUUUCAAUGGGAAAACGAGAACAGCGUGAGUGUUGUAAAAGAAAGUCGUUGGUGCUGUGGAGCUAAAAGAAGACAUAUUGACUGGUACAAACAAGGGUCGAGUGGCCAUCUGUAAAGCUACGAUUUUGAAAGUUUGUGGUGAGUAAAAAUUUCGAUAUUCGUUACGUGAUCAAAAUCUUAUUAAAGAAUAGAUGUAACGGGUUGAAUUAAGCUUAUGUAACGCUCGGCGUGACUGAAACUCGAAUAAUUCUGAGAAUCGAAUCGGUCACUUGUAUGCCACAGUUUCUUAACCUUAUGCUUUACAAUGAAAUAAAUCUAUCAGUAAGGUUUCAAGAUUCCUUUAGUCACGUUUGGGAACACUCAAGAUUCAUAAUAGGAACUGUUAUUAAACAAACCUUAUUUCAUCAAGAAGCCCUCCUUGGUAAAAACAAAAUAAUGUAUUCAGCCCUUUUUUAGUAAAAUCUAUGGGAGAGAUGUACUAACUCCAAUAUAAAAGUCAUUCAAUAUAACAGAGAUUUCUCAAUUUGAGAAUCCAAUGAAUGCCCUUUUCCUUAUAGCUAUCUAAGGCCUGGUCUGAGCUUUAAAUAUAUAUAUUUAUAUAUAUUAUUUGUUUUCAAAUUCAGAUGUCAUGGAAUCCAGAUACAAAAUGGUCAAGCUUCUUGUAGACAACCUCAUUCAAGGCCAACUCAUUGUGAGCCCAGGGAAAAAAAUACAAAUAGCAGCAAAGUUUUCAGUUAAGGAUAACUUCUUUCCAAUUUAUUGUUACAGUUAUAACAAGAUUUAAUUAAAAAAUCAAUUUUAUUUAACUGUAAUUAAACCCUUCACUCUAAAGAGUGCUUGGUUUUUAAAUCUAAUUUAAGAUAUUGUAUUUUAUGGAAAAGAAUCAACAGAUUUUAUUUACAUUUUGUGUCAAACCAAAUUUAAUGAUUGAUUAGGACUAUUUUAUAUGAAUAGCUGUAAUUGAGGAUUAAUCCAUAUGAAGUUUUCAAGACAAGAAAAAUAAAUCAAUCUCAUCCUAAUAUUACUACAUGUUGAUGUUAAUAAUUAAUCAAAAAUAUUUUACAUGUAAACCUUACUUAAGCUUGUAAAUAAAUUUCAUUGAAUACUUGAAUUUUAGCUGGGGUUUUUUAAUUUAAAGUAUUUAUUUUAUAUCAUUAGCCUCAAAUUUUUGUUUAAAAUUCCUAGUUAUUCUUAAACAUUCCUAGAAAUUCCUAAGAAUUUUUUAGAUUUACAGCUUUUCAGGGAAAGUCAUUGGUGCUCUGAGUUGGAAUUCCUAGGAAUUCCAAGUCCUGUUGGCUAUAAACUUGGAAUUUCUGGGAAUUUCUGGGAAUUUCUAGGAAUUUCUAGGAAUUUCUAGGUUUUAGAACCAGAGUUGUUAUGAUUGGGAAUUCCUAGGAAUUCCCAGUCCAAAUUUAGCAUGAAAAUUCACACCUUUAUUCCUAGGAAUUCCUGGGAAAAAAACUCCUAGGAAUUCCAAAAUCCAUUUUGCAAGGGGAACUCAAUGCUGAAUGCAAAGCAACAUUUCAGCAUGAGUAUUUUAGUUCCCAAUUUGUGCAUUGAGUUAGGUAGUGGUGUUAGAUAUGUUUAUAUAGUCACAAUAUAACUGUUUUGAAAAGAAGUAGGGGCUUAACUUGACCCAAAAUGACAGGAAACUUUACUCAUUAAUACAUGUAAUAUUGAUGUAAUUACAGACAACAUGAGUAACUCUUAUUCUUGGUGAACUUUAAACCUUAGUUUGACUCACUUUUUAGGAAUCAAUUAUCAACUGAUUGAGUAACACAAAUAUGUUAACUAAAACUAAAGUGAAAGUAUAUUGAUAUCAAAUAUAAUCAGGUCACCUUGACUAUGUUACUACAACCAGCUUUCACAAUAUGUGCUGAUUACAGUCAAGGAAAUGAAGCUCUCUUUGGUGAAAAUGCUGGUAAGCAAUGUGUAGCAAUGUCACUUACUGCUGUUAUUUAUCAUCACAUAGAAGAUAUAAAUUUGUGGACUUCUUCCAUUUUGAAUAAUAUUCUUACCAUUGGAAAUAAUUUGUAUACUUCUAUUAUAUGUUCUGUCCAGACAGAUGAUUAUUUGCUUUUAACUGAUGUUUCAUACAUUGUUUCAAUUUACAAUAAUGUAUACACAGUAGAAUAUAAUGAGUCAUUAACAGGAAGUUUGUUCAUGACAUCAAAUAAUGGGCCAUACAUGUCUCUUCAAAAUUCUCUGACAGAAGUGUUUUCAAAUUGUCAACUUAACUACAAUUGUUGUUUGUUAAUGAUUGGAAUAAAUACUGUUGCAGUGAUUAAGAAUUCAGAAAAAAGCUUUAAAAUUUUUGAUGCUCAUUCCAGGGAUUUACAUGGGAUGCCCCACUCAUUUAGGAUAUGUAUUUUGUUUACCAUUGAAGGAAUUGAAGACCUUGUAUCAUAUUUGAACAUUUUCUGCUUACAAAUGGGGUUUGUUCCUUUUGAAAUUAAAGGUGUCUUUGUCAGUGAUAAUGAACUUUAUUUGCAAAAUGUUCUUGAGUCCAAAAAUUGAACAUUUGCCUUUCAGAAAUAAAAGAAACCAAACACAACAUAUGAAAAGGAAGCAAAAGUCUUUAACUGAAACGCCAGAAGAAAAAGAAAAACAAUUGAUUGCUAGACAUGAAUAUGAUAAACGAAGAAGGGUAAAUGGAAGUGAGGAAUCUAGGGAAAAGAGGCUGGCCCAGCAGCUUCUGAACAGGGAAAAGAAAUGAGCAAAUGUAGCAGAAUGUAGAGAGAAGAGACUGUUAAACCAACGUCAAUAUCAGAAUUAAACUAGGUGCAUAAUUGUGUUCACCUAGGCUUUCUGUUGGAAAUAAACUUUGUUUUUUGUGCUUGCAUUUGCCUAAGUUUUUAUGCAAUUAUCGGUUUAUCCUGUAACGGUUAUUGUGUAGGUUACACAAAGUGUAAACCACGCUAUGUCAUGGUCCAAGAUACUUAUUCCUCACUGAAUUUGUCAAGGUGAACAGAGCACUUGUCACAUGGUUUACUAUUGUCAAAGAUAGGUUCCAGUCUACGCUCAGCUAAGUUACCUAAGCUUCAAAGCUUCCGAAAGCAACCAUUUUGCAACAGUAGCUGUAACGCUGUCGAAGAUCGUUUUUUUAUCUAGUUUUUCAUUCAUCUUUGUUGCUUAGAUUUCACACCCGUCCUUCUUACAGUCGGCUUGUCUUCUAAGUGCAGAUUACAGCGUGGAGUUUUGCUCUCACAGGCCAACAUUUCAUGGUCUGGACCUUUAGUGCAGGUCGCGCCACCUUGAAACUUAGGAGUCAUUAUUGACUCUGUGUGGUCACAUUUCACGCAAGUCAUUUACCGGAACAUUUUUUAUCCUGAAUUUCUGUCUAUACCAUAUGCUCAGUGAGAAAAUUACUUAACCAGUCUUUUUAGUUCAUGCCAAGAUAAAAUUUUGGUCAAACUGCAGAAUACCCUGCCAGUAGUGAAAAUAGGACUUUUUUGUUGCCAUUAGAAAAUUAAACACUGCUGUUGUCUGGAAAUUCAAUUUGACGGCCUCUUUAAAUGAAAUUAUACUUUCAUGUUUACAUGGCUAAACCAAUAAAAGUCACAAACAUCUGACGCCUAACCAGAAACUGCUGUUUGUUGUUAACAUGGUGCUAAAUGUCUAUUGUGAUUGUUUCCAAACUUUGGGGAGUAAUGCAUUGAAACUCAGUAACAAAGUGGUUUUGCUUUUAUUAAAAUAUGAAUAGGAGCCUAGUGCUUUAAUGUUAACUGAAAUGUGAUUAGUGCUAUGUUUUCCAAGUUAUGGCCAGAAUUAUUCAGACCUUAACAUUUCAUGACUUCCUUCAAGCUUGGCAGUCUUCUAGAUUCUCUUCAUAAUGGUCCAGAUAAGCAUUGGUAUCUAUACUUGUUGGCAAUACAUGUGUAUUAGGCCUUUAUUUGGUAGACUACAACUCCUUUUCAGUUACUUGUUUGGUUUGAUGAAUUCCUCACAAUACUGAUAUACAUGAAAAAUUACACUUUUUUGAUUGGCUGAAAAUAGCUAGGUGCCUUUUUCAUUUAUCAUUGGUUAAAAAGUAAUAACUCAUGUACAAAAUAAUAUAAAAUAGGCUCAGCAACAAUAGAUCACAUUAGAAACCAAUCAGAUUUACACAAAGUAGGUUGUUCUGACUGAUACAUGCAGUAGCUGACAAAAAUAAACAAAAGCUUGGAUACUUUUAUGUAUAUUGAUAAACACUAACAAAUUGCAUUCCUGAGUAAGAAUUCAGCUGAAGGACAAAUUUUGAUGGCACACAGUUCAUUUAGUCAAUACUGUCAAAUUUAUCUGCCAUCAGUUUGUUGAUUUCCUGUGAAUGUGUAUCUUUCAUGUAUAAGUUAUGAAUAAUUAAUAACAUGAUUUCUCAUAUGAUAAGCACCAGUAAAUUUUUCAAAUACUUUAUACUGCACACAUGCUAUGAGCUCAACAUUUGUUAUUUGUGUAUUUACUUCUGCUUAUUUAGAAUACCUAAGUACACUUUAAUUAACUGAGCUUAGACUUUGUUGAGUUUUUAUGAAGACAGUUCAAUGGAACUGACAUUUGUUAUGUUUAUAGUUAAAAGUUAGAGCUACUUGAUGUGGAUUAGAUGACCAUCAGGUAUCCUCGGAGACCCAGGAUUCUAAUCACAUCUGUAGACCCCUUAAAAGCACAGUCUUAACAGAUUAGUUUCAAACUGUCACAGUUAUUCUGAAUUUUGAUUGGUACAUGAAGUUCAAUCUUGUUCUGGCAAAUGAGAGUGAAGCAGGUCUCACAAGCCCUCUUGUGUGCUCUAACACAAAGUGAUACAUGAAGUUCAGUUGCUUACCAUGUUUGUUUUGGACCUUUUUGUACGGUAGAUUAGCACUUUGCAUGAUGAUGUCAAGUUCACCCAUUCAUUUCUCCACAUGACUUGAAUUUGGUAGACUCACUGACAUGAAAUUACAAUUUCAGUAAUAAGAAAACUUGAAAGCUUCUGGUAGUUUAAAUCAUAUGAUACCAUCAUGCACUUGCCUGUACAUUGAACCUGCUGUGUUUAAGUUAUGCCACUGAUUACUGUUCCUGAAAUCUAUUACAAUGGCGACACUCUAUCUCUAUUGAACUUUCUGUUGAAUAAAACCUCCAUGUCAAAUUGUAAAUCUUAUUGGGUUAAAAAUUAUUAGAAAUGUUAAUGUAAUGUUACUUCAGAGUACUUAACUCAACAUAUGAUUCAUUAAAAUAUAGCUUGUGUUCUGAUCUUGUAAUGCACCUAUCUAUUUUCCCAAGACUCUUCCAUUUGCAGCCUCAUAUCUACCUACCUGAACUAAAUUUUUCUGUGUUCUUUAUUGAAAAUACAGUCCCGCAAAACCUAAAUACAAUAAUUAUAGCAAACAUUUUGCUCUCAAUCAACUGAAAGUUGAAAUUUAUGCCCUAAUGGACAAAAGAAACCUACACCCACAUUGUGUUACUUUACAUGUAUGUGUUGUCCAAAAUUAGUCAUACAUUCAAACGAAAUCAAGCUCCCAAUGGCUUCUAGUGGAGAUUACAUCAUUUCCUAAAUGUCCCUGCCCUUCUCCAAAGUUUUGUCCUUGUGUACUGGUACACAAAAUGUUAAAUAUUCAUAUGAAAUUCUUCCCUAGAGUUCAUUUCACAUCAUUUGCCUUGGAAAAGACAAUCAACCUACAAACUUCAGAAGUCAAUUCCACUUUGUUACGUAAACAUAAUCAUGACUGAAUCUAUCAGACCACUAUGGGAGAUUAUGCUGAUGUUUUUUUCAGUUCCUUAAAUCCUCAGGUUACAUGUACAACUUUUGUUUUCAAAGUGAGACCUCCAUAACAAAGUUUGGCCAAUAACUCAUCUUCAGAAUGAACAUUUCAGGACUUUUGUAGGCUAGUUAUCUUGUGUUAUUGAUGAACAGGAUUAAUAUUGAAAACUAUCUAAUGGUAAUCAGAUAUUAGCUCUUCUAAUAGAAACCCAAUGAGACACCAGACACUAAAAAGCAGCUCAAUUUCGUAAGCCACACGUGUACGCAUUGCGGACCUAUUUUUUUUUCUUUUCUUGAAAACUUCAUACAGUUUAAUCCUCAAUUACAGCUUUUAAUAUAAAAUAGUCCUAAUCAAUCAUUAAAUUUGGUUUGACACAAAUUGUGAAUAAAAUCUGUUGAUUCUUUUCAAUAAAAUACAAUAUCUUAAAUUAUAUUUGAUUUAUAUUAUUAUAUAUUUGGGAGUGAAGGGGUUAAUUACAGUUAAAUAAAAUCGAUUUUUUAAUUAAAAUCUUGUUGUAACCUAACAAUAAAUUAGAAUGAAGUUAUCCUGAACUGCAAACCUAGCUGCUGUUUGUAUUUUUUUCCCUGGGCUCACAAUGAGUUGGCCCUGAAUGAGGUUUUCUACAAGAAGCUUGACCAUUUUGUAUCUGAAUUCCAUGACAUCUGAAUUUGAAAAAAAAAAAAAAAUAUAUAUAUAUAUAUAUUUAAAGCUCAGACCAGGCCUUAGAUAGCUAUAAGGAAAAGGGCAUUCAUUGGAUUCUCAAAUUGAGAAAUCUCUGUUAUAUUGAAUGACUUUUAUAUUGGAGUUAUGCAUCUAUCAUCGGCCAUCCCCUGGGGGGGAACCCGGGAAAAUUUUACAUUGAAUGGGGACUUAUACGGGGAUUUGAACGAUUAACUUACCCUGGAGGCAGGGGAAAUGAGGGAGGUUUGUUUUCCAAAAGCCUUGCACCGCGGGGAAAACAGAGGACUUUGCAAACGAAACAGGUCAAUUUCAAGUUGUCUUAAAUGAAGAAACAAGAAGAUGCGGAUGCGAUGCCUGAGUAUUAUUGUGAUAAGUGCUCCACUUGAACAUUAUUGAAUUUUGAUAGCUUUAUCAUUUAUGAUAUGCUGUCAAUAGAUCAGAAAUGCUCAUCAACAUUGUUGUAAAUAUUCGGUCCAAAAAGUCAGCUGAACAGACAUCGUGUAUUACACUGUAUUUUGGUUAACAUUUUUUUGUGUAAUUGUAUUUAGCAGUACAUUGAAAUUUGCAUUGUUACAAACAUGUAAGCACUAUUAAAACAUGACAUUUCAUUAAGGGUAUAAAGUACUGUUUUCUUGUCAGGUUUCAAGCUGCUCAAGGUGAUUCCCCUCAGGGAGGGGAACUUUGAUUCCUCUGUGUCCCCACCUAGGAGGGGGAAAAUAAGAACUUUGACAGGGUCCUUUACAAAGUCCCCACCCUUGCCCGGGGUCCCCCCCCCAGGGGAUGGCCGAUGAUAGGUGCAUUAGUACAUCUCUCCCAUCGAUUUUACUAAAAAAGGGCUGAAUACAUUAUUUUGUUUUUACCAAGGAGGGCUUCUUGAUGAAAUAAGGUUUGUUUAAUAACAGUUCCUAUUAUGAAUCUUGAGUGUUCCCAAACGUGACUAAAGGAAUCUUGAAACCUUACUGAUAGAUUUAUUUCAUUGUAAAGCAUAAGGUUAAGAAACUGUGGCAUACAAGUGACCGAUUCGAUUCUCAGAAUUAUUCGAGUUUCAGUCACGCCGAGCGUUACAUAAGCUUAAUUCAACCCGUUACAUCUAUUCUUUGAUAAGAUUUUGAUCACGUAACGAAUAUCGAAAUUUUUACUCACCACAAACUUUCAAAAUCGUAGCUUUACAGAUGGCCACUCGACCCUUGUUUGUACCAGUCAAUAUGUCAACUGUUGUCCCUUCUUUUAAUUCCACGGCGCCAACGACUUUCUUUUCUUUUACAACACUCACGUUGUUCUCGUUUUCCCAUUGAACCACAAUAAAACCUAUCUUUAGAAAAGUUAGAUUAAGCAGAACAGUUGAGAAAAGCGAUCAACCGAUGAAAAGUACAUUAAAAGAUGAGCGCCAAAUGGAGUCUUCCUUGUUUCCGAUCACGGGCAUGAUCACGUGGAUCUUCUAGGACUUGUUAUUGGCUAGCAAAGUGAAUCCGCUGGCUUGCCGAUUGCAGUGUCAAGAGAAGCGCACGACUUUAUUCUGACUUCUCCGAUCGAUUCUCUGCUUCUAGACGAUGGAUACCUUGGUUAUAUAAAUAAUGAUGUGAGCUCACUCUAUGUAGAAAUAAUCGACAAGAAUCGAUCGUACUACAAAUGCACGAUUUGUGGCCAAAAGUUGUCGAGGAAACAAAGACUCGAAACUCACUUGAGUUGUGUUCAUGGCAAAGGUGAGAAAUAACACAAGCCAAUCACAAUUUUGAAUGUUAUUACAAAUCGUCUUUUACCCUCGUAUUUAUCAAAGAAGGAUACCACAUUAGGAAGUAUAAGAGAUACAUAGAUGAUCCUAGGGUACCAGUACCUAAAUCUUUAAAGCUUGACCGUAGCAAGCGUUCAGCAACACGUUCCAACACCACCAUCUCGAUUCCUCAGUCAGUCGUUUCCACUGAACUUAAAGUAGUGGUAACAACAGAGUAGAGUGCGUUUUACAAAGGAGAAACAUUUGUACAAGAGACAGAAGUAACUUUAUGCGAUUACAGAGGUGCGUUGGAACUCUGGUCCACAAAUAGUUAUGCACUGUCCGAAGUAUAAAACAAUUUUGUUGAUAGCUGACAGACAGAGCUGUUAUUAUUGAAGUGUGACUUGCGCUUUUCAUUUGUAUAUAAAGAAGGACUUGUAUUUUGCACCAAAAAUAAAAAGAUGUAAUAUUUUUUGGGAGAUCCAGGGAUUGGGACAUUUAAGAAAUUAAGUUACGAAAGGAAACUUGGUUUGUACUUCUCACCACUAACAAGUCUUGUUUUAAAAAUAUUUUCAGAUCAGAGUUUCAAACAAAGUAAAUUGAAGACGUCAUUUAAAAGUUGUUAUUUCUGAAAGGAACAUUGACUACCGCUGUCUUGUCUGCAUGCCAAAUGUUUGCAAAGUGUGUGGAUGAUCCACAAGUAUUGGAACUCUUACAAAAAUGUUUUGUAAGAAUAAAAACAGCAAAACAAAUUACAGCAAUCAGUCACGAAAACAGAGCAAAAAACUGGAAAAAAAACAGGAACAACAAUCAUGAAAAAAGAAAGAUUAAUUAGGUGUUGAAUUUGUUUGUCCAAGGCAUGAAAGUUCUACUAAAAAUAAUGUCAGCAAAAAGUCUCUGACAGUGUUUGAGGCAACUGAGCUUGACUGUUACAAGGUUUUCUAACUAAGGCAACCAGUAAUGUAGGUAAGGGAAGUAACUUAUGUUCAUAACUAACAAAGUUCUUUAAGUGUAGAUAACAAUGUAAUUAUUGUUACACAUGUGGAAGGUGUGUACCAAGGAACAGCUAAUGAAUGUUUGAUGAUUUUGGUGCAUCUGUGAACAUGAGACAUUUUGCAUCACAAUAAAAAUAUUUAUGAUCAUGGAAUCCAAGACUCCUUUGAGGUUAGAAAGCAAAUCUGUGAUAUGAGUACAUUGGAUUGAUUGGCAAUUUCCAUUUAACAUAAUUGACUGCUGGUUCAUGAGAAAAUCCAUAUUAAUGUAGAGAUUUACUAAAACUUAGUUUGAAUAAUAAAUUUCAUGAUCUUUAAGUUAUAAACAUAUACAUGUAUGUAUAUCUCUUGGUAAAUUUUGUAUAGCAUACCUUUUAUUGAGCCAAAGUUUUAAGCCUCUGAAAUUACCCCUUUUCUUAAAACCUUCACAUUUGAGGUGUUGAGAAUUUCUCAGAAUUUUUGUGGACCUCAGGGUAUUUAAAUUGCCUCAAAUUUAACUCCCAAAAAUUCCCAAGAAUUCCACCCUUCUUAAAUUAUAGGUAGUUUGUAUAGCUGAGAACUCCUAGGAAUUCCUAGUAGUCCAUGAGCCAAGGGGCCUAAAAGUUAUGCCUCGUAGCACCCCCCAUGGGACAUAGUGAAUUUGGUAUCAAAUUAGAGCUUAUGACCUAUAUUUUUAGAAUCUACUUGUUUUCAAACCGGUAACGUGUGCUGUAAUGAGAUAUUGGGCUGUUUCCAUGGGGGGUGGGGUGAGGAGAAUUUGCUUACUGUAGUCGUGGUGAGAAGAAAAAUGGUCCAUACCUUUAACAAACAUCAACCAAAUUGGUUCAAAUUUGCAAGAUUUAGUUGUUGUAUCAUAAUCUAUCCAAAUGUGUUAUCGGAUUUAAGGUUUUUGGUUUCCAUGGCAACAGGCACCAGUCAAAUACUGCCUGGUAUGAAAAUAUGAUGUUUUUCGAAUAAAAAAUGAAAUUUUAUAUAUUUAACUUGAGAAAACGCCCAUAAAAGUAUUCUACAGUAAGAGCGUUUGCUCUGAGACACCUUAAUUCUAUUGAAGAUGUCCCAAAGAUGCAUCAAUGUCUGGAAAAUGGCUAUUGCAGGAAAGCAAGGAUGAGUGGCAAUCCUCUGGAGUUGGGGCCACAACUGGUAAAAGCCGAGCAAAAACCAAAAGGAAAACCAAUCAUCUCUUUAUUGAGCAAUGCAUCCCACUUUAUUGAGCAAUGGAAAGUUUAUCAUUAUACAUUUCGAUAAAGCAAUGCCUACUACUAACUGAUAAAGCAAGGCUAGUGGCAUUGCAUGUUUCCAUAGCAACGCUUGCAACGUUCUUCGUAUCUAAUCUUCAUUGAUGUUAGAUUUCAAAAAAACUUUUCGAGAAAUUUGUCACAACCGUAAUACGGUAUAGCUUGAGGUAACUUUUACAGGUCAUCUUCUUCCUCACUACUGGCGGAGUCGUCCUCAUCAUUGCCGAAUUGACUGUUGUCACAGUUGACACAUUCUUCCCCAAAAGAACAUACAUCUGUUCAGUGGAGUUCGUUCUUGACACAAGAGCACCAACGGGUUUCACACUUUCCUCUGCAGCCACAGCACACUAGCUCCAUUACAAAUUCCGGGGUCGGCGCGAGGUCGGUCCAGUCGAUCUCCAGCGCCUCUCCUCUAACUCGCCAUCCUUGUCCAUCUGGUCCUUGGUUUAGAAUUCUUGCAUCCAGUGCAUUUUUCCAAACAUAAGCUUGGUAGUUUGCGCGUUGUAGAUGCUUCUGUAGGGCAGCAUGGGUGGGAGGAAGCUGGUACGACGGUAGAUUCUGGUUUUUGCAGAAUAACUUGUAUCUCGUAUCGUUGACCUUACAAGAGUUAACGUCAUUGUAAUGUGAACAAACGAACUUCUCCAUUUUUCUAAGAUCUUCUCUCAUUGGUGGGACACGCUCGCCGAUUCUAUGGAUACUUGCUCUGCUGUCUUCGUCAGCUUUCACGAUAUCAAGAGCUGCCUUCUUUCCCUUUACCAGCAAAAGAGCUAACUGUGUUGCACCCAGUGAGUGCGUGUAGCCCUGGUAAUGCCCGACACACUUCGACACCUAGCUGCUCACAGACCUGGGUGACAUUAAUGACACGAGCUCGACUUUUUGUGCCACUGAGAAUAAAGAUGUCAGCACUUAUGUACUCUCGAAAGUAGCACGCCAAUACUUCUACAUCAGUGUCCGAUGACUUGAUUAAGAUCUGUUGAUGGGCCGUAUCAGAGGCAUGCAAGGCAUGCAGAAACAUUCGGGUAUCUGCCUCUUCUUGGUUGCUGCAGAGUUCAAGCACAGUACUGGAGGAAAUGCUACCUUGAGCGUCAACGCUUAUCUUGAAGCAACUCUCCCCAUGAGUGAUAGACAGCGUUCUUUCUCCAAUCUUCCUGGCAAAGCGCUGGUCGGUCUCCCACACAUCUGCAAGGAAUUCCAUGAGGUUGGUCUUGUUAAAACCAUUUAAAACUUUCCCACUGUCGCGGACAUAGCUGUUGUGGACUUCUAAUCUGGACAGCUAACUGUCCUGAUCUCCCCCGCUUCUCACGCUUAUUUUUUAUUGAGACGCUUGGGUACUGGUCUGCUACAAAGUCUAUCCUCCUUGCUUCUCCUGCUUGCUUGAUUACUGCACUGAGAAUAACAUCCGAAAGGUCAAUGAAACGAUCUGGUAUUCUAGGUAGGGUUUGCAGUUGUACCAUGGCAUCUACGAUGACAGCAGAAGCAUUUGUUAGAUUUGGAAGGAUCUCUACACCAUCCUCCAGAAGCUUCGCUAGAGCGACUUGUUUGUCUUAGCCAGUGAGCCAUCGUAGGUUGCCAGAGACCAAGGCACAGGUCCUAGUUCGUGAGUGAGGAGAUCUCUUAGGUCGAUCUGUCGACUCUGUCCGAUGACUUGGAGCCUGGCAAAAAGAUUUCUGUCAGCUCGGAGCACAAAACUCUUCCCCCCUUGAUUAACUGUCUUCUUAACCUCUCCGAAUUUCCCUAACUUCAGCCUUGGUAGUGUCUCAAAGAACCCUACUGCACUGCUGGUCAGCCGGUCUUGUACAAAUGACACUAACGUAGACUUUCCUUUCUCUUCUGCUUUUAGCAGGUCUUCCUUCAAAGCGCUGCUUGCGAUUGAACCUGAGCUCAGACUUACGAGGUCGUCUGCCGUCUCAAAUGGAUUCCUCCAUUGACUGAUCACCUCCAUGACCUUCUGCACGUCUUCUUCAUCCCUUCUCUUGCGAACCGAGCCUGACUCCUUGUGACCCUUUAUCUCGUCCUGAGGAUGCGAAGAAGCCAUCUCUCUGCAUCGAUCGACAAAGCUGGCUCUUGCAUGCGCAGUUAACAUCCACCGCUGCACAGCACCCUUCUUAAGGCUAAACCCUAUUAUGCCACCCUUAGUUUUCGUGUUGCGGUUUAAAGUUUGUUCGAUGGUUUGGUCAACUGGAAGCUGCGAGAAUCCAUGGGAAGUUGUGCGUUGUACACCAAAGUCUCCUUGAGACAGCAUGCUGUAAGCUUUGGGGUGCGUAUCUGGAAGUUCUAACAUGUGAACUAAGUACACUGGUAAAUACCGUGCGUAAUAGGUGUGGUCAUAUGCUAGGGUUAGGAAACGGAUACGAAAGUCUUACAUUAAGAACAAAAUAGUUCCUGUUUUAUAAAAUAUAAAUAAACGAUUGUACGUGCGCUAUAAAUCAAUAGUUAACUUUGAAGUACAAACAGAUGAACUGAAAAGAUGACGAGAUAAGGUAAAGAGAUCAAAUUAAUACCGAUGCAAAAAUGAUAACUCGUCCUUCUCUUUAGAUACCUGAUAAAGUCUCCUCCUGAAGGUCAUUGUUAUCCCAACAGAAAACGGCAGAAACACUGGGACUGCACACGGUCGGCAACAAUACACCAUUGCGGAGAUUUGUUAUUUGCUGCUCAGCAAUUGCUGUCUCAAGCUCUUCGAUCUGAGAAUAUGAAAGACCAUGACCAAAUCUGUUCAAGAGAGUUACCAGUUCGGCAUUCCCAGUGAGGCUUUUGACUGUCAUGGGUAAUAGCACAUGCUUGGGAGUCUUUGUGCGACCCUGGGAAACACAGUGAAUUAGAUCCUGUCCUAGUGAAAGAAUCCAGCGAUGAACAUGAUUGGGUAGAUUUGUAACCCGUUCAGUACUAAAUUCGGUAUCUGAGGUAAGAAUCCAAGUCAGCAUAUUGUACAACAUAUCGGGCACUAAAGCAGCGUCAGAUUGUAACUCGUCAGCCUUUGGUGGCCAUGAAAGAACCGGAUUCACGUCCAGAAGAAGGUUUCGCAGUUCUUUUGACGUAUGAUAAACCUGAUGUGCAACGUCCUUCCUGGCUCUUGGGCCUUGUUCAUCAAUCUCCUCCGCUCCAGACUCUAAACCACCAUCUGUCAUAUCUGAUUGCGAAACCAAAGACUCGACGAUUUCUCCCUUCUCGACAUUGGCGCUAUAGACAAGCUCCGGCUGGCUAGGAUCAGAAGGCCUGCGAAAGUCUAACUGUUCUCCAAAUGCUCCUUUCAGUCGUUGCUUGAGCUUUGAUGACCUGUAGUCACUGAUGUUUAAGCCUUCCUCGUUUAGGUGUGAAACAAAUUUUCCAACAAGUUCUGUCAUAUUGAGGAUUCUUGUUUUAAUAAUGACUUCACUUUGAAGAUAAUGACACAAUUUGCCAAAUGCUUUGCUGUAGCCUCGAGAUUCUUUAUCUUCAGUGGCACAGUUUUGAGCUUCGAGCUUUGUUAGUGUUUCAAGGCGAACAUAAUUCUUGUAGCACGAUCUGUGGUAUUUAAUCUCGCGAGCAAUACAAUCCUGUCCUUUUAUCUGCGGUAGCACACGAUUGUCGCCCCUUAUCUCAGCUGCUCUGAGAAGGGAUGCACUGCCAUACUCGCUGAUAUUCUGGGUUAGAGCUUCCCUUGACCUCGCUCCCUUUCCACGUUUACAUUUCUCCACUUGGCAAAUGAUGCAUUUAUCAAUAUCAAAUCUCUGAACUUGAGAUCUAUGGAAGCGUUUUGCUGGAGGCUCUUUACUUGGUUCGUCUGCAGCGAUUCCUUGAUCAGCAGAUGCAGGCGCGGCCUUGUUAGCAGUCCCUUCGAUCCUAGAUAUGUUGCCUACAUUAGUAUAACUCUGGUAACAUUGCCUAUGGUACCCUCCUUUGGGUCCCUCUCUCCAGUGGUUCAUCAUUGUAAGUCAGAUGUGGUCAUUUCGUCUCAAAGAGCAUUUCUCAAACUUCUCCCAGCUUUUCUCCGUAAACAAGGUUAAUUUCCCGCUACCUUCUGCCACAUGACAAAGGCACUUUUUCCAGUUGGGCUGCAAGUUCAAACUGGCUGAACGUUUCGUAGAAGCUGGCUUGAUCUCUGUCAUCUCUUACUCGUUAGGCAGUAGAAUUAUCGUCAUUAUCGGCUCAGAACUUACAGAUCUUUUUGAAGCAGCAUUCUUAUGAAGGCAACGUUAACUUCUGGUGUUAGGUUUGAAUAACGAGGAACUGACAUUUGGAAUGAGAGCAAAACGUUUGACAAUCGUAACUUAAGAGUGAUUGUCAGUAAAAAUCAAAGAAAUCGUGGCCACGGUCAAAAAAUCGAUUUCGCUCAUACUUUGUCAGUUUGAAGGCUUAGGUAAGUAACUGAAGGAUAUGAGGUUAGUUUUUUGAAAUAUUCCAUACAACGGCAGAAAACCACGAAAAACGGUCACCCUACCGGAAGCUCGGAUUUCACCUGGCGGAAACUCGAAAUUUUACACUUUUCAGCUUCUCGCUACACAGACGUUUACAUAGCUGUGAAUCUUUCUUAAGUAUAAUUGAAUACAUUGAUUCUUCCUUAGUCAAACCAUGGGAAUUAUUUUUAUCUCUGCUUAUUUGUGAGCGAACUGAGACCCGAUUAAGAAGACACACUUUUCUCAUUUACGCGAAGGUGUAAAAUAAUCCAAACUCAGCGACGAAAAAAGCUGACCGGUAGUUCUUCAAAUCCUCUGAUAUUAUAACCAAAGACAGUUCAGUCAUUGGUUUUUUAGGUCUACGGUCUUAAAUCUUUAGGAUCUAGUAGCACUUUUGCAUGAACGCCGAUCAAAAUUCGAUAAAAUUCCAAUUGAGCGCCUUUGAAAUCUACAACUCUACAUAACAAUGCACUAUUGAAUAAAUUAACUCCUCGGCCAAAGUUUGUACAUAAAACAUGAGGGUUUUACUUUCUUAGCGGUUUGAACCUUUUAAAAAUAUAUAUUGAUGUUAAAUAUUGUCUACACAGGGAAAACAAACUAUGAAACACCAAAAUUACCACGAGCUGAAAUUAAAUCUCACAGGCCCGCUCUCUAAUCUGUGUCACGCACGAGCGACUUCCCUACAAUUAGUAGAGUAACAAACAGAUAUUUAUAUCUGUUAAUUUACAAUAAGUCUUAUUUUAAAAUAUCUUGCUCAACGAUGUGCCAGGUUCCCCAGUUAACUUGCUGAAGUAAAAAUAAAAGAAAAUAUCAUAAUAGCAAUUCAAACUGAAACGAUAAGAAUUGAUUUUAUUAAGAAUGAGAAGCUUUAUGCCGUCGAUAGCCAAUCAGAAGUACCUGUUCUCACGAAAAUUGCAUCGUUCUUUAAAUAAAUAAAUCGAAUUAUCUUUAUCUGUGAAACAUUGCAUCUAAAACCAGAGUUUAUUGUCGGGGAACUUCAUAGAACAGCGAUGUCUUGCUCGUUCUUGAAUAUUGUUGGUGGGAUUUGCGGCGCAGACGAACGCACAAGUUCUUCAACUUCCGUCACGCCUCUCACGCGGUGUAACAGGGAUAUCAAAAAUCACAAAAAGUCGUUGAAAUUUUCCGGAAUUGAAACGGAGGUAGAAUUAAUUUUGGCGAGAUGUGGAUGUUUUCAAAAGCCGGCGAAUUUAUCGGAUAUGACUAUCUGUCCGGUUCAUCGUGCCAAGUUAGAUUUAGGUUGGCGAAGGACGGGUAAUCUUUGCACCAUCCCGGAAGUUGUUUCUGGUCACUGCAAGGAGCUGACGAAGGCACCUGCACUGGAAAAAGGAAUAGAUUUAUUCCAAUCCAUGAAGAUAUUUGAGCUUUCAAAACAGCUCGUCCCUAUGGGCUCAGGUAAGCAACCAACUACUUGAUGUUCUACCAAACAGAAACUGUCUCCAAUGAAUUAUUUUUAGUCUAUUCAUUCUGAUCACUUGAGAUUAUAUGAAAGAAUAAUUUGUUUAAACGACGGAGAGAAAUAAGUAAGGUUGAUGAAGGACAUUUCGUUACUUAUCUCUUCAUUCAGUUGUCCAAUCCAAUUUUUUUAUAACAACCUUUAUUUCAUGCCUCUCAUUUUUUUAUGGAUUGCGUUUAUAUUAGUGUGUGCACUGUAUAGUGCCCUACCCACUUUGUCGCCAGGUAUGUGAGUGAGUGAGUGAGUGAGUGAGUGCCGGUGUCCGUAAACAAACAGGUCCGCAGCGCGUGCACAGCACUACCCACAUGUAUACAAUGAGUUCCUAUUUUUUAUCAGUAUCUCUCAGUUCGUACGCGGGGUUUGAUUGGUCAAUUUUGCGCGGCCCACUAAACUUUAACUAGUUUCCAUUCCCGCGCGCCCGAUUGACCUCAGAGACAUAAUGAAUAUCUUACUAACCUCGUUUCACGGUCUGUAACUUACAGUACGCACCUGGAAUUCGGUUAGUAGGGGUUAAUUUAGGCGAGGGGGCAGGAGAGAGGAGGAUGUAGAUUGGAUGGGUGGCCAACCCUCUCCAUUGUGUAUCUGCAGAAGUAAGAAAAUUAAUUUGUACAUCAAAACCUAAAUACGUUAUAUUACACCAUUUGAAAUCUAAAAAAGCAUGUGUCGAGGACUGUUAAAUUACUUGUCCUAUGAUAUGUGUCCAUGGCAUCCGAAAUUAGACAGCUCUUAAUUAGAAUUUCGUUAAUUUAAAGUUUAACUGGAAAACUUGGUAAUCCAGAGUCGGAAGCAGGGUUCGUGAAUGAUAUAAGGAAGUCAUAGGUGUUUUAACACUAACUUUACUAAAAAUGUCGAACUGGCCCACGAAUCGUGGGCGAAUCUUUUGUUCAUUGUAUAUAGAAAAUAUUUUAACUUUUUCGCACUACAGGUCGAUCAUGAAGCUGACACUGAUAUUUCCCUUCCUGUACCGAUCACUGAUACUGAAUGCAAAGAAGGUAGUUCUAAACGAGAGAGCCUUUACGUGCCAGACGAAGAUUCGCAAGAAAGCGAAGAUGACAUAAACUAUGUGCAAGGUGAAUCCCUGAAACAGCUCAAUCGCUUUCUACAGCUUCGUGACACCAGCCCAGUCCGCCACGUACUAUCAGUACCAUGGAAUGUAGCUCAAAGCCGUACUAAACGCCGUUAUUUGAGAAAAGCUGAACAGUGUGCUUCAGCAGUAAUGGAAGUCCUUGCUCCUGAAGAUUCUAAUUGCUUGUGGAGGGAAUUAUGUGAGCGCGAAGUGAAUCGAAGAACAACUGGCGGGAAAAGUUGUAAGGAAGUGUAGCUUCUUCAAGCGUUUGCCGAGAGUUAUUUGAACGCUCAACACUGGAGUACCCGUCGGCAAAUACUCUCAAUCCUGGCUGACAAGUUGUCUUUCAGAGAGGUGCAAGAAUUUAUCCCAACCCUGACAAGUUACCGCUUUGACAUAGCGCGACACCACACCCUGCUUCAUGGAAGAGCAGAACCGAUUCCUCGCCAAGAAAACAGGAGAAUGAAAGUUGACCAAGGAAAAUUGGAAGAUUUCAUUUCAUUUAUCACAAGUUCACUUGUGAUUCAAGAUGUUCCAUUUGGCGAAAGGCUUUUGAAGUUAUCAACCGGUGAGGUUAUUAAAACACCAAAUGUAAUCAGAAUGAUGAUUCCGGAGCGUAUUGUUCAACAGUACCAACAAUAUUGCAGUGAAAGAGGUUUUGAGCCCAUGAGCAGGCGAACACUGCAUAGAGUGGUAGAUGAGUGUUCUGCGUCUGUUAGGAAGUCUUUUCAAGGACUUGAUAACUUUUCAUCUCAAGGAGCAGAAGCAUUUGAUGACCUGGACAAAGUGGUCGAUAAACUGGUUGAUUGUGGAAAAACAGAAGUGUGGGCCAGGGAAAUGAAGCAACAGUUACGCUCAUCAAAGCAAUACCUGAAAAGUGACUACAAGGUAUUUGAUUUAUUUUAUUACACGGUUUGUUAUGAAGUACUUCAAAAGAAAGGCGCAAAACUGACAGAAAGUUGAUGCAACAACACAGGCAAAUUAUUUUCCUAAAGUUCAAAUCUUUGAAAAUGCAUAAUAUUGAUACUUGAACUAGUUCCAGGUCCUCUCGUGCGUAACUAAGGAAGGAAUUAUUGUCGAUAACCUGUAAGUUAUAUUUGUACAUUUUGCAAACAAAGGGGGACCGUCGGCCUUUUCAAUGUAAUUGUUUUAUAGAAAUAGUAGUUAAGAUCAGGACGAUAUAAUUACUGUAUUUCCUCCGCUAAGUGCCCGGGCGCUGGAUCGAGUCAGGAAGGGGCUCCUAAUAUAGAGGUUGGGCGCUUGUUCCAAGGACGAUUUACUUAAGAGGAGCUCGCUUAUUGGAGGAAAUGCGGUGAUUGAAAUUGUUUACGUUUUUGUUGUCUUCGGCUUAUUUCAGGUCCAUGUGGUUGAGUUUUCGAGCAUUGCUGAUCAUUGUAGGACUUACGCCUUAAGUGACUCAACAGACUCUGACUUCCAAGGCCACUGCAGUCAUUCACGCAACGAAACAUGUGCACAGUGUUGCCAGCUGCAAGAAGUUCUAAGCAUCUUGGAGAGUGAGUGUUCAAGUGCAGUUUGUAACGAGGAGCAGAUAUCGGACAUGCUACACGCUGUUAAGCAGGCCAGAAAUAAUAUCAUGAGCUGGAAAGCCUACCAGUUACGCUCCGUUCACCAAGAUCAGGCCAAAUGUUCUGUUCUAGCUAAAAUGAAGAGCAAAUGCGACGUGUUACUAGUGCAGGAUUGGGUAAUGAAAUUUAUGCCACGAAAAUUUCGAGAGCCGCAAUCAGACUAGUUUGCUAAGCGCGGUUUACCAUGGCACAUAACAGUUGCUAUUAGGAAGUCGGAAGAAGGCGAGCAGUUUGAGUCUCAAACAUUCGUACAUGUCUUUCAGAACUGUUUACAAGACAGUGCUGUAGUGGUAUCGAUAAUGCAGGAUUGUCUUGUUUCGCUGAAGAAGGAAAUGCCGGAAUUAGAAAGGGCGUUUUAUAAACAAGAUAAUGCCGGCUGUUACCACAGCGGAUACACUAUCGUUUCAGCAAAAUUUGCAGGCGACAUUGCUGGCGUGGGUGUGGAACAGAACGACUUUUCCGAUCCUCAAGGUGGAAAAGGAAUAUGCGACCGCCAAGCAGCGACUAUUAAAGGAGACAUUGGAAGAUAUGUAAACGAGGGCAAUGAUUUGACAACAGCAAUUCAGCUCAAAACAGCCAUAGAGUCUGGUCCAGGAUCUUGCGCUAAGGCUAGUUACGUUACAUUCAACCCGUCAAGCACUCGGCACGUCAAAUGGGAUGGUGUAAGCUUACUCAACAACUUCAAGUAUGAGGAGAACAGAAUACGAGCGUGGAGGGCAUUUAAUGUGGGUCCUGGAAAGUUGCUACCGUGGUCUCAGUUUGAAGGAGUUUUGCAGGUCCUUUUUAAAUGUCGUAAAAAUGACAGUGCACAUUAUUUGUUCUUCGGUACCCUCUUUGGAAAAUUCUUAGUAUUUUUCAUCGAAUAUUGUCAAAAUUAAACUUUAUUUUCUCUAUCAAUGACAGACUGUAGUGUUGUUUGACAAGCGCAAUCAAUAAAACAUGUAAGUCGCAAAACUCAUAGUGUUUUUAAUAGUCGCAUUGGACAACAGAAUGAAGAGGAUACAAAACUCAUUGGAGACAGUUCCUGCUUGGUAGUACAUUUUUUAGUUGUUAUUUACCUGAGCCCAUAGGGACGAGCUAUUUUGAAAGGUCAAAUAUCUUCAUGGAUUGGAAAAAAUAUAUUCCUAUUCCAGUGCGGCUACUUUUCACAGCUCUUGCUGAGUGACCCGAAACAACUUUCUGUAUGGUGCAAAAAUCAAUACUUUUGAACAUGAUGUAUUACUCAGUAAGUGACACAGGCAUAAUCGGAAAAAAAAUCCGAGUGCUUCAUGGGACAAACAUCCUGCAUACUGCUAGGAUUGGAAUGUCAUGUGUGGCAUACGCGCAAUGGAAUAAAUGUGAUGGAAUAUUUUUAAGCCUGGUGAAUAAAUGAGAAUGAUGUAUUAUUCAGUAAGCGACACAGGAGUACUCAGAAAAAAAGAAAUCCGAGUGCUCUCGGCCAUCAGGAGUCGAAACUAUCGACAUCGUGUCAGGUUAUGCCUAAGUGACACGAUGAGACGGUACGGGUAGUCAUCUCCAAUAAACUCGUUGGCUUUUAAAAACACGCAAUCUUGCUAAAAUCAAUUCUGGUUCAAGUCCGGAGAGUUUUUUAGGACUUCGUGCGAUGUUUUAUAUCCUUGUUACACAGCGUGAGCAGUGUGACGAAAGCUGAGUAAGGGUAGAAAUUAGCCAUUGGAAGCUACUUAGCAAGUGCGUUCGUCUGCGCCGCAAAUCUCACCGACAAUAUUCAAGAACGAGCAAGACGUCGUUAUGAUGUAUGUCUAUUAACUUCGCCAACAACAUACUCUGGUUAUAUGGUUAAGUAGAUUUGUUUAUUUAGAGAACGAUGCAAUAUUUGCUUUUCGUGGAAACAGUUACUUCAGAUUGGUUUUCGACGGCACAAAAGUUCUCAUACUAAAUAAAAUAAAUUCUAAUUGAGCUAGAAUUACUAUUAAGGUUUUCUUUUUUUUUCAGCAAGUUAACUGGGAAACCUGGCACAUCUUUGAGUAAGAUAUUUUAAAAACACGACUUAUUUAAAAUCAACGGAUGUAAAUAUCUGUUUGUUACUGUACUAAUUGUAGCUAAGUCGCUCGUGCGUGACGCAGAUUAGGGAGCGAGCCUGUGAGAUUUAAUUUCAGCUCGUGGUAAUUUUGGUGUUUCAUAGUUUGUUUUACCUGUGUAGACAAUAUUUAACAUUAAUAUAUAUUUUUAAAACGCCUCAAACCGCUAAAAAAGCAAAACCCUUAUGUUUUAUGUACAAACUUUGGCCGAGGAGUUAAUUUAUUCAAUAGUGCUUUGUUAUGUAGAGUUGUAGAUUUCAAAGGCGCUCAAUUGGAAUUUUAUCGAAUUUUGAUCGGCGUUCAUGCAAAAGUGCUACUAGAUCCUAAAGAUUUAAGACCGUAGACCUAAAAAUCAAUGACUGAACUGUCUUUGGUUAUAAUAUCAGAGGAUUUGAAGAACUACCGGUCAGCUUUUUUCGUCGCUGAGUUUGGAUUAUUUUACACCUUCGCGUAAAUGAGAAAAGUGUGUCUUCUUAAUCGGGUCUCAGUUCGCUCACAAAUAAGCAGAGAUAAAAAUAAUUCCCAUGGUUUGACUAAGGAAGAAUCAAUGUAUUCAAUUAUACUGAAGAAAGAUUCACAGCUAUGUAAACGUCUGUGUAGCGAGAAGCUGAAAAGUGUAAAAUUUCGAGUUUCCGCCAGGUGAAAUCCGAGCUUCCGGUAGGGUUACCAUUUUUCGUGGUUUUCUGCCGUUAUAUGGAAUAUUUCAAAAAACUAACCUCAUAUCCUUCAGUUACCGGUUUGAAAACAAGUAGAUUCUAACAAUAUAGGUCAUAAGCUUUAAUUUGAUACCAAAUUCACUAUGUCUCCUGGGGGGUGCUACGAAACUCAAUUUCUAGGCCACUUUAGAGAUUUGGCUCAUGGACUAUAGCAAUUCCAAGUCCUCACAAAACUGGAGUCUUUCUUUCCCAGAAAUUUUCACUAAUUCCAAGGUUUUUAAAUCAGAACUUAUUUGCAUAGUUGGGAAUUUUUGAGAAUUCCUAGGAAUUCCCAGAAAACUGGGAAUUCAGUUUGCAAGGGUUAUUUGCAUAAUUGGGAAUUUUUGAGAAUUCCUAGGAAUUCCCAGAAAACUGGGAAUUCAGUUCGCAAGGGUUUGUGGGAUUAAUGUCAGUCUCAAUUUAAAUGUUCUUAGAAGUCCAAUUAUCAAAAACCAAUCAAACUGAAACCUAAUAGGGCCUUCUUAUUUGAUUUCAUUUAGCUUUUUUGUUUUGUUUUGUUUUUUUUCUUCUAGUCUGUAAUGAUUUCAAUGGUUUCAGGUUCUUUUCUUUGAAUUGAGCUACAGUCAUGAUAUGCUUCUUUGUGUUGUUGCCUACAAUCACCCUGAUAUGUACAUUUGAAUCCAGCACAGAACUGCUGUGCCAUGACUUUCAGAUAUGUUUAGUCACUAUCUGGCUGUUUUGAAAAGAAGUGAGGACUUAACUCAAAACUGUAAGGAAACUUUCCUCAUUAGCUAACUAAAGAGACAGCAUGAGUAAAUCUUAUUCUUGGUGAACUUCAAACCUUAGUUUGAGUCUCUUCCUGGGUAUCAAUUAUUAACUGAUUGAGUAAAUCAAAUAUGUUAACUCAGGGACGAUAGAGGGACGAUAAUUGUAGAAUCAUCAGCAUAUUUAAGCAAGGCUGGGCGACCUUUUAGAUUGAUCUCCAAGUCAUUAAUAAACACGUUAAAAAGAUAUGGCCCACUGAUACUACCUUGUGUCGUACCCCUAUUAACCUCACGCCACUGUCCCUCGAAACCAUUAUAGACUACUCGCUGCUGGCGUUUCUCGAGAAAGCUUAAAUACCAGUUCACAAUAAGGGGAUUCAAUGGCAACUGCCUAAGCUUAGAUGACAGGAGUGCAUGAUUGACACAGUCAAAUGCUUUACUAAAAUCCAUUGCAAAUACUCAGACGGCUUUGCAGUCUUGCUCGUCUAAAUAGCUGUAGAUGGUAUGCUGCAUGCUCAAGAGCGCAUCAGUGCAACUUCCCCCUGUCGUAUAAGCAAACUGUGUUGAACUCAGAUGCUGUUCGACAAUGUCUCAUGCAUGGGUGUUAUACACAGAUCUCUCGAACGCGCGUGCAAUUACAGGCGUGAUCUUAAAUCCUCUGAAGUCCUGCUUGCCCUUAGGGAUGUCGAUCUUAGGGAGGGGCGUCACGUGGGCCUUUUUCCACGAGGAGGGCCACUUGCCAGUUUUCAGGGAGACAUUCCAGAUCUUAUGAAUGACACUUGUGAAGAUCUCAGCAUGAUCCCUCCAAAUCCAAAAGGGAAUGAGAUCUGGUCCCAUAGCGGUUUUCUUCAGAUGUUGUAAGCAAUUCCACACGUGUCUUUCUGAUAUCUGAGGGGCUUCUAAGCUCUUAUCCACAAUUGCUGGUACAGGCUUCGUAUGUGCGUCAUCAGUGCACAAAUCGGUGAAGUAGUCGUUUAGCUCCGCCAGUGAUUUAGUGUCCAAUGUCACGUUAGCAGAAUUGCUGCGUUGUUGGGACAAGUUUUCCGCCUCUGGAUCCGACAGGUGCCUUUGCGAGUGUUCUUCUGUUUUUACUAAUCAAUACGCUUAUUUUCCUGUUAACCUCAGCCAGCCGAUCUUUAUUGCUUGGAGCUAUUCUUGACUUUACCCUCAUUAACGAUUUUACUAAGGGUGUCAUCCACACCGGAUCACGCGAUGACAUGCGUACUGACCGCAACGGCAUACACACAUCCAUGUGGUGUUUAAUUUCAUCAUUUAAGUUUAAGACACUUUCCCAAUUCUCACUUACUAGUUUUAGGUACAAUCCCUCCUUACGGUGUCUUCUACAAUCCCUAAUGCGAACGUUUUGUCUGAUCGGCUUUAAUUUCGUUCCUGCUGAUAAGAUGACUGCUGUGUGAUCUGUUUUUAUGGACACAAAGUAUGGAAUGCUCUUUGCAAAUAAAUUCGGCCGGUUUGUGAAGACCUUGUCUAAAUACGCGUCGCCUCUUGUUGGAAAAUCUACAAGAGUCCCAUCCUGUCAUUACAAUAAGCUCAUUAGUGUCAAGCCGAUUAACAUCGCCUCCAGCAACCAUAGUCAAACCAGGAUGUUGAUCUAGUGCAUUGUCCAUUAAGUGGGUUAAGUAUUGCAAAAAAUCCGCCGGUUAGUAUGUAGGUUUAGGCGGGUGACAAAUACCACACGUUAAUAACAAAUGUCCCGAGGGUAAUUUAAAAAUCACAUACAGCAGCUCGUAAAGCUUUGAUCUGUAAACAUCGAUGAUGUUUAAGUUACUCCUCGCGUAGAUAACAAUCCCUCCCUUACUUCUUUUAUCCAGUCCCGACCAGUUUCUAUCCCGUCUGAAAAUAUAAUAGCCAGGAAUGUUGACGAUAGCAUCCGGCAUUUCUGGUUUUAAAUGCGUCUCUGAUACAAUACAGACAUCAAUGUCCUUAUUAUUCAAAUUGGCUUCCAGCGCCACUGCCGCUCGAACUCUGUUCUUGGUUUUGGCCAGACUGCAUAUAUUUGUAAAUAGAAACUUUGGUACAGCAAAUUCAGAAACAGUUCGCGAGACGGGGUUCUGCUUCCGUUUAGGAAUUGGGACAAGGUUCUUCAUAUCCCUGGCCCUGAUAGAUGAGCUCACAUCUCCUCGAAUACUAAAAAUAACCGGAAUAGAUUUCUCAUCACGGCUCUCACCAGAAGAUACCUUACCCACUUCCACUCCCAGUUCACGUCGCCAGCUGCCUCCCCGACAGCCUCUAUACCGAUAAAGAUUAAACAUCUUCAGUUUCUGAACCACAGCAGGCAUAGGUUUCAAUCGGCUUGCUGGAAAUUUGCGGAGUCUCAGAAGGUCUUGUUUCGUAUACGUAAUAAGUCGAGUCGUAUGACUCUCACACUCGAAGCGGUUGUCUGGCCCUGGAUUCGACUCCACGUCCAUACAAAUGCAUAUGUCCAGACAGAUAUCCUGUUCACUUGAAGCGAUGGUUAACAAGCCAUGUUUGUGCCAUACCAAUACAGAAUACCGAAGACGGGCAUGUCGCGAGCGCCGGGUUACGAAUCUUACACAUGAACAAGGACCAUGCCGAAACACCGCGUCAUCUCUAACUCCAGAAUCCCCACAACAGGCCUUUCGAACGCUUAGCAAGAAGCUAGGCAAAUUUUCUUGGAUUAUAGGUUUUUCUAAAUGGAGACAUAGUAACAGAAGAAGAGGGGCUAAAAUCCUCGUGGCCGCCAUAUUGGCGCCGCUGACCCGGUUUAUUCUUUUCCUUUUAUUUAGGUUUUUUGUUUUGUUUUCAUUUUUUUCUGGUCUGUAAUGACUUAGUUUUAAUCAGGUUUCUGGUACCUUCUUUAGAAUUGAGCUACGGCUGUAGAAUUAUUUGCUUAUUUAAUUUGUGUUGUUGUCUACAGGAGCCACUGGCUGUGUUGAACUGAAGAAAUUUGAAGAAGCAAUCACAUGGUGUGAUAAGGGAUUAGCUGUAUCCUUUAAAGGAAUUUUUAAAUUUUAACCAUGGGUAUAGUGAAAAUAUUUCAUAAUUUGACAUUUUAAGGGAGAAGAUACAUUAUACAUGGAUAUUAAUUACGAUGGGAACGUGUCAGCUUAUACACUGUACUUUAAUUGGGUGUGUAGGAAUAGGAAACGUGGGAAAAGUUUAUACCUCGUGUCUUAAUAGUGAUAUUAACUCCUUUUAGGUAUGACUUAGUCAUACUAUCCAUGCCACAACUGGUACAUUAGUUUAUUUAAAAGACUAAUAUUCACCCAGUUUAUACGUAUGUGGGUAGGUGAUCUCUCUGAAACGAGCUAGAAAAAGAAACUUGUUAAUGUUUGUAUAUAUUAUGCUGAUUUUCUUGCCUUUAAAUUUUUUCCACUUCUCAGGGACUCGCAAACUUUCGUUGUGUUUUCCUAUGAACAAAUAAAACUUUCAAAGGCACAUAUUUUUGUUGUAAACUCAUUUCUACCACUGCUGUAAAAUAUUAAUCUGAUGUUAAUGCUAUGUUAAUUUAAAGGUGGCCUUGUUGUGAUAGAGACCAGUAUCUAGUAAGCAUAAUAACAAAGUAAUUUGCAUUUGAAAAGCACCAAAUGUUUUUAUCAUUACAAGGUCACACUCACUUACACUUUUGUUUAAAGGCUUAGCAAUCAAGAAUGCAACUGUAAAAAUGGCCAUUAUUUACCAAUGUGAUCAGGAAAAUUAUCUUUUUUGUUUUUUCCGCAUUUUUAAACCUUAACAUACCAAAAGAUUGACGAAAAUAAUAGGAUCUUGUUGUCAUUAAGACUUCAGUCUGUCAAAGAAGUGAGAGAUAAGUCCGCAGAGGAAGAAGAUCAUAUUAGCUAUGACCAUGGUAGUGCAAGUUCAGGUGAUGUCAAGAAAGUCAUAGGGGGUAGUGCUUUUGGCAAUCUUGGCAAUACUUAUUACAGUCCAUGUGAUUUAAAAAAAGCAACUGAAUUUUACAACCUGCAUCUUAAUAUAGCUAAAGAAGCAGGAGACGAGCAUGGGGAGGUUGAUGUUUAUGGUAAUCUUGGCAGUGCGUAUGAGAGUUUGGGUGAUUACCAAAAAGCCAUAGAGUACCACAACUUACGUCUUAAAAUAGCUAUAGAAGUAGGAGACAAGCAUGGGGAGGGUAGUGUUUAUAAUAACCUUGGCAAUGCUCAUCAGAGACUUGGUGAUUUCGAAAAAGCCUUGCAUUACCACGAACAACAUCUUAAAAUAGCCAAAGAAGUAGGAGACAAGCAUGGAGAAGGUAACGCUUAUGGUAAUCUUGGCAAUGCUUAUGACAGUUUGGGUGAUUUCAAAAAGGCCAUAAUGUACCACAACCUACAUCUUAAAAUAGCUGAAGAAAUAGAGGACAAGCGUAGGGAGGGUAACGCAUAUGGCAGUCUUGGCAAUGCUUAUCACAGUCUGGGUGAUUUCAAAAAGGCCAUAGAGUACCAUAACCGAGAUCUUAGAAUAGCUCAAAAAGUAGGAGACAAGCAUGGGGAGGGUAGUGCUUGUGGCAAUCUUGGCAAUGGUUAUUACGGUCUGAGUGAUUUCAAAAAAGCCAUCGAGUUUUACAACCUGCAUCUUAAAAUAGCAAAAGAUGUAGGAGACAAGCAUGGGGAGGGUAGUGCUUAUGGCAAUCUUGGCAAUGCUCAUCGCAGUCUUGGCGAGAUUAGAAUCGCCAUAGAGUACCACAGCCUACAUCUUGAAAUAGCUAAACAAGUAGGAGACAAGCAUGGGGAGGGUAGUGCUUAUGGUAAUCUUGGCAAUGGUUAUUACAGUCUGGGUGAUUUCAAAAAAGCCAUCGAGUAUUACAACCUGCAUCUUAAAAUAGCAAAAGAAGUAGGAGACAAGCAUGGGGAGGGAAGUGCUUAUGGCAAUCUUGGCAAUGCUCAUCGCAGUCUUGGCGAGUUUAGAAUCGCCAUAAAUUACCACCGCCUACAUCUUAGAAUAGCUCAAGAAGUAGGAGACAAGCAUGGGGAGGGUAGCGCUUUUGGCAAACUUGGCAAGACUUAUUACAGUCUGGGUGAUUUCGAAAAAGCCAGCGAGUAUUACAACCGGCAUUUUAAAAUAGUUAAAGAAGUAGGAGACAAACGUGGGGAGGGUAGUAGUUUUGGUAAUCUUGGCAGUGUGUAUGGUAGUCUGGGUGAUUCAAAAACAGCCAUAGAGUACCACAACCUAAACCUUUCAAUAGCUAAAGAAGUAGGAGACAAGCAUGGGGAGGGUCUUGCUUAUGGUAAUCUUGGCAAUGUGUAUCGAACUCUAGAAGAUUAUAUAAAGGCCAACAAGUCAUAUAACCUAAUGCUCAAAAUUGCCCAAGAGGUCGAAGACAAAUCCUUGGAGGCAAUGGCCUACUUUUCAUUAGGAUGCGUUUUUGAGUCGCAGGGUGGACUGCCAAAAGCCGUUGAACAUUACAAAGCUAGCAUAAACUUAUACAAUUCCUUGAGAAUACUUCUAAAAUCUAAAGAUGAGUGGAAAGUUAAUUUUCGAAAUCAGUAUCAAAUGGCGUAUACGGGUUUGUGGAGAGUUCUCGUAGAACAAGGUAAGAUAGAUGAAGCCUUACUUGCUGCUGAGAAAGGACGAGCUCAAGCUCUAACCGACCUCAUGGAAUCCAGUUUUUGUGGUGGAACAAGUCAACACAAGAGAGGCGAAGAAGAUUUAGCAGUUUUAAAGAACGUUCCAUCAAACACUGUCUUUCAGGCAGUGGACAAAGCUGACGUCAAUCUUUGGGUUGUGUCCGAAGGGAAACAAGUUCAGUUGAGACAAAGUAAACUCAAUGGUUCUGUUUCAGAGAAUGGUGGAGCUAGCCAGUCCUUUGAGUCGUUCAUCCUCGGUGUCUAUACCAUCCAACAGAACGAAUGCUUGAGAACUUUGUAUGAUACCGUUAUGAAGCCGGUGGCUGAUCUGCUUGAAGGGGAUGAGCUACUCAUUAUUCCCGAUGGACCCCUGUGGCUCGUUCCUUACGCUGCAUUGAAGGAUGGUAAUUCUAAAUACCUGUGUGAAUCGUUCAGAAUCCGACUCGCUCCAUCGUUAACAAGUCUUAGACUCAUUGCCGGUUGCCCAGAUGAUUACCACAAAAGCACUGGUGCGUUACUUGUAGGAGAUCCGUGGGUAGCCGAGGUUAUUAACAGCGAGGGACAGAAAGUCCUCGAGCAGCUUCCGUGUGCUAAAGAAGAAGUAGAAAUGAUCGGGAAAAUUCUUAAUAUCACGCCAAUCAUUGGCAUACAGGCCACGAAACGUGAGGUGUUGAAAAGACUCGGUAACGUUUCCUUGGUUCACUUUGCGGCACACGGAAGUAUGGCCACCGGAGAAAUUGCUCUUACACCUGACCCAGACCGAACAUCUACUGUGCCAACGAAGGAGGAUUACAUUUUAACAAUUGGAGAUGUGCUGAAUGUUCAAGUUCGCGCCAAACUUGUUGUACUUAGUUGCAGCGGUGGGAGCGAGAUCAAGGCUGAAGGUAUGGUUGGCAUUGCGCGCGCUUUUAUGGGGGCUGGUGCCCGGUCUGUUGUGGUGUCUCUGCGGGCAAUUGAUGACAUGGCUACUCUCGAGUUCAUGAAAUGCUUUUAUCAACACCUUGCAGAAAGUAAACCUACAAGCAAGUCACUGAACCUGGCCAUGAGGAGCCUCAGAGAAUCAGAUGAGUUCCAUGACAUCAAAUACUGGGCGCCCUUUUUGCUGAUUGGAGAUGACGUAACCCUUGACUUCAUAGAUAUUGCGUAG